CAACCGACAUGACAGCCUCAACCCUUCCGUUCUGGUUGCUCCCCAGUAUUGAGUCCUCACCCCGACUGGGGGGUGAUCGUACCCCUUCUACAUGGCAUGUGGUCUUCCUCUGUCCCAUGGAGGACGCCCAACGGGUUGCCAUGAUGGAGGAACUCAGCUCUGUCGAUAAGGAAUGGCCAGACCCUCCUCAAGCAAAGAUGCGACGGCUGGUAGAUGUCCCCUGGCUGAUGGAAUUGUUGCCGCCAACAUCUGUCAUCUUCACGAUGCUGAAAGAUGACCCUCUCAUCUUCAUUGACGAUCAGUCCCGGAGAGAUCACACAGCCAUCAUUUCCUGGAAGACGGCUGAGGAAUCUUCCCCUGAGGCUGCGCGUGUGCCAAUUAGUCGAGCAAACAUUCUAUUGGGCAUUGCUGCCGCUGGUAACUUAUCAUCAGAGUAUACAAGAAUUCAACUACCAGAGAAAGAAGAAGAAGAAGGAGAGGAAGGCAAAAAGACUAUUCACGGGGUACUUCCAUCCCAUUUAUCAGGGAUACGUCUAGAGCCCUCCAUUCCGACUCUGAUCUCUCUGGUGCAUCUCUCGGAGGCAGCAAAAGCAAAUCUUGACUCCAUUAUCGGCCAUCGCGUCAUCAUCCACAACUGGCCAGAGAAUCAAGAGCCAUGUUCUCGCGCGGAGCUGUUCCGAAUGUUCCAGGUACUGAAGAUCUGUCACAAAGGGAACGACCAGGCAUUUGCUCUGUUUAUUGACGACGACGACGACGACGACGACGACGACGACGACGACGAGGGAGAAGAUUACCAUAUCAUCGGAGCAAUUGGAUCCAGCUCUGAUAUCAACAGACUCGAGCUGAGUAUCCUGCCAUCUGAAAUGGUCACGGACUUCUGGAAUGCAGCCUGGAACCCAGACAGUGGUCCGCCAAUUCGUGCCCAUACAGGCUCAUAUCGAUAUAACCCUGCGAUGUGGAAGCUUCAAAUCAUUGGGAGGGAGCCAAUCGUCAACCCUGACAAUAUCGCUGGGAGUCUAGACAUCAGCGUGGUUUUUAUAUUGGAGUCAAUGACUCCCACUGAGCUGCGAAAGAUCCACGCCCAAAUGUUCAGCGCAAUGGAUGAGACGUUCAUGUGGGUUGACGUAUCGGACCGGCUGGAAUCCCCUGAUAUGCAGGGCUUGAUAGCAUAUUUUGAAGCCGGGGAGUUUGCCAAUAAGCCUCCACCUCUCAAUUUCCUUGCAGUCGACCGCAAGACUCUCUCAUUGAUGGAGUCGACCAGUGAACAAGAAGAUUGCGAUGCUAUCAUCGUUGCUUCUUACGACGGAGGCGAGGUCUGCAUCACAGAUGAUAUAUAUAACCCCUUUGCUCGUCUCUGGGUUGGAUACAGUUAUGCCCGAAUGGACGCUGAAGAGGCUGAAAGAGCUUAUACCGAUUUGAAGAUCGCCAAUCGGUACUUUGACGAGAUCUGCUCAGAUGGCCAAAUGGUCUAUUGGAGCGUGUACCGAGUGUGGGCUGAGGAGCAUUUGGGAGAAACAUUUGAGCGCUCUUUUGGCCCAGAUGGAAUGAGGGUUGCAAAAUAAUAAUAUGGUGUAAUCAUUUGUUUACUUAUAAAUUUCGGUGAGUCGACAAUUUGGAAAGUAUACCUGGAUAAGAUGACUGCCUAGAAUACAUGAUAUUCUCUUUAUAUAAAUUAUUACUAUAUCAUCUUUUUGCAGUAUGAAGCAAGAAGUCAGUAUAGAUAAUAUAUAAAUAGAAGAUUUUAAAG